AUGGAGAAAAAGAGUAUGAAUAUAAAUAUGGAUGAUUAUUCGACUGGAUCUUUUCCUACAUAUUCGCUUACAAACAUGUUUGAUUUAUCUGAAGAAAGGAGUUUCAUGGAGCUAUUAGGUGUGCAGAACAUGAAUAACAGUUACAGUUUUCUUGAUUUUCCUGUUGAUGUAAAGGAAUCGAUCACUGAGAAUGGUGGAAAUGGGAAAGAAUCGUCUUUGAAUAGUCAACAACAACAACCUGUUACUCCUAACUCUUCUUCUAUUUCUUCUGCCUCUAGUGAAGCACUCAAUGAUGAACACAAUAAAACUGUUGACCAAGCCGAUCAUCAUCUCCAAAAACAGUUGAAAGCUAAGAAGACAACGAAUCAGAAGAGACAGAGAGAAGCUAGAAUCGCGUUCAUGACGAAAAGCGAGGUGGAUCAUUUGGAAGAUGGGUACAGAUGGAGAAAGUACGGUCAAAAAGCUGUUAAAAACAGCCCAUUUCCGAGGAGCUAUUAUCGUUGCACCAGUGUUUCAUGUAAUGUGAAGAAACACGUGGAGAGGUCAUUGAAUGAUCAAACCAUUGUAGUAACAACCUACGAAGGGAAACACACACAUCCAAAUCCAGUUAUGGGUCGUUCUUCAGCUUCUCAUGUUGGAUCUUUAGUAUCACCACUAGCAGCUGAAUGCACCACCACAAACUUUGGUGGUUCUGAAAACUACAUGAUGCCGUCUCAAUAUUAUAAUCACCACCGUCAACAGGUUCUCUUCAAUACUUUGUCGUCUAUGGGUUUUCCUUCAAAGAUUCCUCAAGAGAGAUUGGUUUGUAGUAAUCCAAGGGUUAUGGAUCAUGGUCUUCUUCAAGAUGUUGUCCCUUCAAAUAUGUUUAAGGAGGAGUAG